CUGCACUGCCUCUAUUACAUCUGGACUGAAGUUUGGAACUUCUACCCGUUAAACAUAAAUUAGUGGAAUUGUAAGUGUGCGGUGCGCGCAAUCAUGACAGACUUAAUUGAAGACAUGAAGAAGAUGAAAAUGGGACGCAGAGGUUCUUUAGGCACGUGGAGGCAACUUGGAGUCGUCGGUGUCCCUGUCAGCAAAGGGCAGAGAAAAGAUGGAACAGAAAAGGGACCAGACUACUUGCGUAAAGCUGGCCUCGUGGAAAGGCUUCAGUCUAUUGGAUGUGAAGUCACAGAUCACGGUGACAUUGACUUCUACCCACUAGAAGAUGACCCACAUCAUGAUAAUGUCAAAAAUCCAAGGAACGUUGCACAGGGUACACUCGCAACCGCUGACAAGGUGGAGCAGGUUUUACGUACAGAGGGACAUUGUCUUGCCAUUGGUGGUGACCACAGUAUGGCAAUUGGGACCAUAAUGGGACAUGCGCGAGUUCAUCCAGAUAUGGCAGUGUUGUGGAUUGAUGCACACGCAGAUAUCAAUACACCGUUAACUUCAGACAGUGGGAAUAUUCACGGAAUGCCCUUGUCUUUCCUGGCUCAAGAAUUAGACCCAUAUGUUCCUCACAUGCCCGGAUGGGAAGAUAUUCAAGCAUGCAUUAACUGUGACCAGAUUGCUUGGAUAGGUCUGCGUGAUGUGGAUCCAGGGGAAAGUAAGAUCAUCGACAAGUUUGGACUGAAUGCAUUCUGUAUGCAAGAAGUUGACCGACAUGGAAUCAGAGAUGUUCUUGAUAAGGCACUUAAAGCUAUUGAUCCAGACGGAAACAAGAAAAUUCACGUGAGUUUUGAUGUGGAUGCAAUGGACCCAGCUCAUACACCCAGCACAGGUACCCCAGUAAGCGGUGGCCUCUCAGUCAGAGAAAUAUCAUACAUAGCAGAGGAGGUAGCAAAUACAGGCCGUUUGUCUAUGGUGGAUAUAGCUGAGGUCAACCCAAAUAUCGGCAACUCACAAGACGUAACAACCACCGUGAAAACAACUUUGGAUGUUAUUGCUCGUUUCUAUGGCAAUCGCCGACGGGGUAGUUACCGACCUGAUUAUGCCAUUCCAGAGGUUCCAGUCAACGUUCGCAGAAGUUCAGUUCAUGCUCUUUCAAGCUCAGUUAUUCAAAAGUUUGCAGCUUAAAUGAGUAUUGUAAAAUGCUCCAAAAAUGACUUUAUGUAUCUAUUUUCGUGAUAUACCUAACUUAACACAUUCAGUUGUCUUUUCAGAAUGUAAAAUUUGAUAAUGUACAUGUGUAUCAGUGUUAAAUGACAUAUACAAUUUGUGUUGCCACAGAAGCAAAAUGGCCAGCAUUUUAUGCCCCCCCGAAGUGGGCAUAUUAAAAUCGCACUGUCCGUCCGUGCGUCCGUGUAAGUUCUUGUACGGGCUGUAACUCUACCUUCCAUAAAGGGAUUUUGAAAUAACUUGGCAUAAAUGUUCACUAUAAUGAGACGACGUGUCAUACCCAAGACCCAGACCUAUAACUCCAAGGUCAAGGUCACACUUAGAGGUCAAAGGUUAACAGGGUCUGAUUCGUGUCCGGUCCAUAACUCUGCCAUCCAUGAAGGGAUUUUGAAAUAAUUUGGCAUAAAUGUUUACAAUUAUGAGACGACGUGUCAAGCGCAAUCCCUAGAACCCUAGCUCCAAGGUCAAUGUCACACUUAGAAGUCAAAGAUUAACAGGGUCUGUUUCGUGUCCAUAACUCUGCCAUUGAUGAAGGGAUUUCGAUAUUACUUGGCAUGAAUGUUCCCUAUAAUGAGACGACGUGUCUUGCGCAAGAUUCAGACCCUAGCUCUAAGGUUAAGGUCACAGUUAGAGGUUAAACGUUAACAUGGUCUGUAUCUUGUCCGGUCCAUAACUCUGCCAUUGAUGAAGGGAUUUUAAAAUUACUUGGCAUAAAUGUCCCCUAUAAAUAAAUGACAUUUCAUGCGUAAGACCCAGGCCACUAGCACCAAGGUCAAGGUCACACUUAAAAGUCAAAGGUGUUUCUAGUCUAGUCCAUAACUCUGCCAUUUAUCAAGGAAUUUGAAAAUAAUUUGACACAAAAGUUAACCAUAUUGAGGUGUGUCACGCUUAUGAUCUGGGUCUCUCGGGUCAAGGUCACGAAAUGAUAUAUGAUAUGCAGACAACUAUAGCAUUCUUGGGCACGCUUUGGGGCAUUUGUCACCAAUAGUGACAGCUCUUGUUCUCUCUGUAUUUGAAUAAUGUAUAUUAUCUGAUAUUGAGAAUUUUGUGUCAAAACAAGACCUAGAUAAUUAGAUGCAUAUUUGAUAGAAUUGCUAUCACUGUAAAAGAAAAAGUAGCAUAAGUAAAUGUAGUAUGUUAACUUUAUCUUUAACCCUUACCCUGCUAAAUUACUAUCUUCCAAUUUGGACAGUACCAUUAAUACUGCACGGAUGUGCAGGCUGAUCUUGGUCUGCACUGGUCGCAAAGGCAGAAUCAGUCGUGUCAAGCAUGGCAAGGGUUAAACAAGAUGAGUAUUAGCUUGAGUCAAAUUUCUCAAUCAACAUUUUGAUAUUGAAUCUUAGUGUAAUUGUAAUUGUUUUCUGGAAUGAAUUGGAAGUUGCUGGUGCAUAGGCUUGAUGACUUAACUAUGUUUAUGUGCUUUUUAGUGUUUUCUUAUUGUUUCUUAGUCCCCUACUGGUAUCCAGUAGUCACAGAAACUGGUUUUCAACUGCGCUUUUCCAUUUGUCCGUCAUUCUGUCCACCCGCAGUUUCCUUUCCAGACCAUAACAAUCAUUUAUCAAGGGAUUUUAAUAUCUUUUGGCAUAAAUGUUCGCCAUAAUAAUACAUCGUGUCAUGCGCAGUACCUGUACCCCUAUCUCGUAGGUCAAGAUCACACUUGGAGGUCAGAGGUCAACGGAACUAUUUUCCUGUCUGGUCUAUAACUUAACAACCCAUCAAAGGAUUUUAUUAUUACUUUGCUCUAAUAUUUCCCAUAAUAAAAGGUGUCACGCACAAUUUUCACACCCCUAGCUUAAAGGUCAGGAUUACACUUAGUAGUCAAAAGUUAACAUAGCAUUAACAGGAUCUGUUUUGUGUCUGGUCCAUAACUCUUGUCAUCCUUCAAGGGAUUUUAACAUUACCUGGCACAAAUGUGCCGUGCGCAAUAGCCAGACCCCUUGCACAAAGGCCAAGGUCACACUUUGAGGUGAAAAGUCAAUAGGUUUUUAUUUCCCGUCAGGUCCAUAUCUUUACCUUCAAUUAAGUGAUUUUGAUAUUACUUGGCACAUUAUGUUCCCUGAAAGAGGCAACAUGACAUGCGCAACAACCAGACUCUAGCUCAUGGGUCAAGGUAACCCUCGUAUGUCAGAGGUGUUUUUACUAUCUGGUCCAUAACUCUGUCAUCCAUCUAGGGAUUUUAAUAUUACUUGACGUAAAUGUUCCCUAUAAUGAGACGAUGUGUCAUGCGCAGCACCAAGACUCCCAGCUCAAUGGUCAAGAUCACACUUGGGGGUCAAAGUUCUAGAGUUUUUUCUUGUCAUGUCUUUCAAAUAUUUAGGUCUUUUUUCUUGUCCUCAUUCAUACAUGGAUAUUUAAAUAACUUUGUAUAGAUAUUCAACAUAUCAAGUUAUGUGUCAUAUGAACACAAAAAGUCCCCUUUAAUAUGAUUAAAUAUUUCAUUACAUUUUUUUUCUCUUAGUUUCCCACCAAUUUAAAAAGGAAACGAUUUUAAAAAUACUUUUUAAUUUAUAGAUGUUUUAAGCAAUCAACAAUUGUAGAAUUUUAUAUAUGCAAAUUUUAGUCCAAACAUUGUGUUAUAAUAUAUUGUUUAUAUAGCACAAUAUUGUAUAUACAUCAUUGACUGAUAUCAGAUCAUUAGAUUACACUGCAGUUGAGAUAAUUAUAGUUACUUACCAGUAGGGGACUCUGUAUUGCAUGGCAAUACUUCAUUCACUUGUUGAUUUUCUUUCAUACCCAUUUAUAUUUUUUUCCCUAUCCUGGUUAACCAACAAAGAUAUACUUACUUUAGCAUAUGUAUACAUUUGAUAAACAUACUUAGCCUAAGGAAUGAUUUGAAUAUAAGAACUUUUAUAUCAUAUUUGUCAAAGAUUAACAUUAACAAAUAUAUAUUUAGCCAAAAUUCAUUAGAAAUGCAAGUUUGUAAACUUAAUAUUACCUCACAUUACCUAUAUUAGUUGCGCAACCAGGAUAGAUUGGAAAUUAAUGAAAUAGAAAGCUACACGCUAUUUUAAAACUUACCUUUUGGUUAAGAUUAUUGACAUAUCUCAAUAUCUAUCAAAUGCAAAUGUAAAACUAGAAAUUAUAUUGAAAUCGAAUGAAAUAGUCAUUUUUAAUACUUUCAUAUUAAAGGUGAGUAAUAACAAAUUUUCUUUAAAAAAUGAUAAAACAUACAUUUUAAUAGGGAUCUAACACUAUAUAAUGGAGCUUUUUGUUCAUUAAAUAAAUCUCUUUAGAAUACACUAACAUGAAAAAUGUCAUAAAAUGUUGUUUAAAUGUGAUUGACCACCUUUAAGGUUACAUUCCCUACAUGAAAGGAAAUAUAUUUAGAUAUAUUUAUUAAUUUUAUUUUUGUAUCAAAAGCGAAGACUUCAAUGUAAAAUAUUUAUAUGUAGUUAAGGCUUAGUUGUUCUCUCUCAAGACUGUGCCCGACCAUAUUUGUGACUACAACAGAGGAGCUUUUUGCACACACUUCCAAAAAAUCUACUAAAGUGCAAGGCUUAGUUUUUUAAUACAGCAAUGGUGGCGGUUCUUAACAAACAUGGAGCUAUUGUGUAACAGGAUGUGUGGGAGAAGGAAGGGAGAAGGAAGGGGCACAGGGAAGAUGUGUGGGAGAAGGAAGGGGCACAGGGGAGAAAUAUUAUACUUAAACAUUACCUUAUACUUGAGUAAAUAAGGCUCAUUUUCGCAACAAUAUCAUAUUUUUGUGUGUAUAUAUAUAUUUCAGUUGCAUAAUUAAUAUUAAUAUUGUUAUCUAACCUCAUGUAUUUUCGAUGCUAGUUUUUAGUUUGAUAAAACAUGUGCGUGAAACAUUCAAUUAUAAAAUGAAAUUGUUUAAAUAAAUGUUGUUUCAAACUGUU